AUGGCGGGCCACCCCGUCGACGCUGUCGAGCGCGCACUCGGCACACUCGCCCAUGCAAGGGGCGAAGCAUUUGUGGCAAGCCUUUGUGAGCCACUGGCGGCUCUUGUUGCUGACAGCAACGAUGACGGCGAGUUGAGCUUCCAUGAUCCGCUGGCGGCGCUCCUUGCCGAGCUUGGGGACGACGAGGAAGAAGGUGACCGCGGGGCGGUUACGGCUGACGAGGCUGGGGCUGUGGUUGAGGCCGAGGCCGGGGCUGAGGUUGAUGAGGUGGAGGUGGAGGUGGAGGUCGAGGCCGAGGCUGGGGCUGAGGCGGAUGCAGGUGAGACUGGAGCCGAGACCGAGGCUGAAGUGGAGGCCGAGGUGGAGGUGGAGGUCGAGGCCGAGGCCGAGGCUGGGGCUGAGGCGGAUGCAGGUGAGACUGGAGCCGAGACCGAGGCUGGGGCUGAGGCUGAUGCAGGUGAGACUGAAGGCGAGGCCAAGGCUGAAAUGGAGGCCGAGGCCGGAGCUGAUGUUGAUAAGGUCGAGGUGGAGGUCGAGGCCGAGGUCGAGGCUGGGGCCGAGGCUGAUGCGGUUGAGACUGGAGCCGAGACCGAGGCUGAAAUGGUAGCCGAGGCCGGGGCUGAAGUGGAGGCCGAGGUCGAGGUUGAGGCCGAGGCUGGGGCCGAGGCUGAUGCGGUUGAGACUGGAGUCGAGACCGAGGCUGGGGCUGAGGCCGAUGCAGGUGAGACUGAAGGCGAGGCCAAGGCUGAAAUGGAGGCCGAGGCCGGAGCUGAUGUUGAUAAGGUCGAGGUCGAGGUCGAGGCCGAGGCCGAGGCUGGGGCCGAGACUGAUGCGGUUGAGACUGGAGCCGAGACCGAGGCUGAAGUGGAGGCCGAGGUGGAGGUGGAGGUGGAGGUCGAGGCCGAGGCCGAGGCUGGGGCUGAGGCGGAUGCAGGUGAGACUGAAGGCGAGGCCGAGGCUGAAAUGGAGGCCGAGGCCGGAGCUGAUGUUGAUAAGGUCGAGGUCGAGGCCGAGGCUGGAGCCGAGGUUGAUGAGGUCGAGGCCGAGGUCGAGGUUCAGGCCGAGGCUGGAGCCGAGGCUGAUGCGGUUGAGACUGGAGCCGAGGCCGAGGCUAAAGUGGAGACCGAGUUUGUCGUUGAAGAUCAGGCUGAGACUCAGGCCAAGACUGAGAUCAGAGUGGAAGCUGUGGGGCCACCUGCUGAUGGCGAGUCGGUCAACCACGAGGCCGAGAGCGGCGCUGGGGAUGCGAGUGCUUCUGCUGCCCUUGCAGCCGGCGUGGUGGCUACCGGCACAGCAGUGGGUCUCGCUGUAGCCGCAACCAGCCAAGUUGAGCCUCACUACGACGGUGAAGUGUGUGAUGCGGCCGACGGAGGGGAGACCGAGGGCGAGACCGAGGGCGAGACCGAGGGCGAGACCGAGGAAAUGAGGUAUCGCCCAGCUUCGCCGUGGACUGAGUCGAUCCUAUCGGACUACUCUGAUGAUCUCGAGCUGGAAGUUGUGGAGGUCGAGCAGCACGGCAACGAUGUGGCGCGAUCAUACACGACGCUCAUGGAGAUCGACGACGCCUUGAACGCCAGGCUUGACACCGAAGACGACAUUGAUCCUGCCACGCUCAUCUCUGAGUGCAGCGGCGUCCACUCAUCCGACGACUCUGACUCGGCCGACCUCGAAGUUUUUGCCACGUUUGCGCUCGAGGAUGAGAUCGGCGUCCUGCCGUUGGAGCAGCACCGCCGCCGAUCGUCAGGCCUGAGCGACUCGCUAGCUGACGCUGCCAAAGCUGUUGCGUCCGCAGCUGUUGAUCCUGUUUCGGAUGAAACAGUUGCCGUCGACAACAACGACAACAACACAGGCCAGGCGCCAAAGACUGCCGCCGAGAAGAGGGAGGUCGUUGAGGAUGCCUCGGCUGAUGGUGGCUCUAGCCCUGGUGCUGACGCGCCGUCCAGCAACGAACUGGAGCUCAAGUCUGGCUACAUGUCGAAGCGCGGUGGCAAGUUCUCCACCAAGUGGCAGAAGCGCUGGUUCUCGCUCACCGCCGAAGAGUUGAUGUACUCGGAAGCACCCGACAAGCCGCUCAAGGGCUCGAUUGCUAUUUCGCGGAUCAACCUCGUUACCCAGGUCCACUCACCCAAGCAGGUCAAGGAGCGCCAGCACUGCUUCUCGGUUGCCGUGCCCGGCAAGACGUACUACAUUGACGCCGGCUCCGAGAGUGAGCUCGUGGCCUGGCUCCAGGCUCUCUACCCGCUGCUGGGGCCCACCAUUGUCGUCGCCGACUGUGUCGGCGACAGCGACGAUGCAUCGCCACAGGCCUUGCUCCCGGACUCGCCAGGCAAGGACAGCAGCGCUCCUGCCACCCGUCGCCGCCCGGACAGCCUCGACGACACCACGGUACUCAUGUCUGGGUAUCUUGUUAAGCGAUCGGCGAGCGGUGGGAAGCUGCAGUCGCGGUUUAUGACGCUCACGCCCAGAUUCCUUCGCUAUGCGGUCAAGGAGGGCAAGCCAAUCAAGUCGGCACUUGCCACCGCCGUCAUGAUCUGCACGAGGCGUAAUGCUGCGGCCGAAAAGCCGCCGUAUGGCUUCAAGAUCGCCACCGCAGCGCAUGUCGUCUCGCUUUAUGCGCCUGACGAGGACACGCUGAUCAAGUGGCUCAUGGCGCUCGAGCGUGCCAUCGGCGUUCCGGCACCGCCGAGCGAUCCGCUUGAGUGCUACACCAUCUGGCGCAAGGCCUUUGAGUGCGAGAACCUCGCAACCAUGUGCGCAUACCGCAAGAACGGCAAUAUUGACCGUCUCGGCUUCUUUGAGCUUGCCCGCAGUGGCGUCCCGUGGCUUGAGGACAUUGCCAUCGACAAGGCUCGAGUCGAGGUGGCCAGCGACGGCCAGUCAGCCGUCCUCGCCCUUCCUGCUCGCAAUGUACUCGUCGACGGUGAUGCGCUGGAGGGCAUCGUCUCCCUCAUCCGAAAGCCGUACGGCGCCAAGGGCUGGCUAGUUGACACUGAAGACUGGUCUGCAGUUAUCAACCACGUCCGCGACGCUUGGAAGGGGGAGCCGGUUGCCACUACCGGCGCGGCAAGUGCACCCGUCGCCCCCACUCGCUCCAGCGCCACUCGCCGUGUCACCUUUGACGUCCUCUCCGAGCGCGACGAGAUCAAGUGCGGCUAUCUCCGCAAGCGCGGCGGGGCCAAAAAGGUCUGGCGUGAGCGCUGGUUUGUCGUCUCGGCUGAGAACAUCACCUACGCACCGGCGCCCGACAAGCGCAUCCGUGGCCUCAUCAAAAUUCGGGACGUGACCCGAAUGAUGGUCUGCCGCAACACGGCCGAGGUGGGCAAGCGCAAGUUUGCCUUCUACAUCGCCACCCCGAAGCGAACGUACUACAUCGACGCCGGCAACGAGGUCACCAUGUUUGAAUGGCUCGGCAUGUUCCAGAGCGUCCUCGGCACCGGCAUUGUGAUGAAGUUCCGUCCGGACGCACCAGCCGCCCUCGCUCCGCCGGCCGACCUCGAUGCACCAGUUCGUCUUCCAGCCUCGCUCGACACACUGCCGGCUGACAUCUUCAAGACCGGCCCGCUCAACAUCCGCUGUGUCACCGAACCGGCUUACCGCAAGCUGUGGGGCGUCCUCACCCGUGAUGGUCUUCUCCUCACCGCCAAGGACUCUGAUCGCGCUGUCGUCCUCGCCGUGCCCAUGGACGACAUCACCGCCGUCAUGCCCUCCGAGGCCGAGUCCACCUCUGCAAGCGCAUACGUCAUCGAAAUCGUCACCUCCGAGCCGUUUCUCUUUGCCUACGCCUCGUCGUCUGCAGACACCCGCGCCUGGCUGCACAACAUCAACGCCGUUGUCGGCAUGGACGUCAACCGCGAACGACGCCGGCGCCGCUCGCUCCGCCUUUCAGCACAGUUUGGCGCCGCUGCCGCUGUCGCUGGCGCGAGUGGGGCCGGGGCCACUGCCGAGGUUGACGAGGCCAACGCUCGAGUCGCGACUGAAGAUACAGUUGGAGCUGAUGCUGAGAACGGGGUCGAGGUUGAGACUGGCGCUGAGACCAAAGUGACCCUCACCGAAGCAGGCGCUCCGGCGGUAGGUGACGUGGAGCGCUCUGACUCGGUCGUUCUCGCUGUCGGUGAGGAGGCAGGCGUCGCGGACGCGAUUGAUGACGAUGGCGCCGGGGAGUAGUAGCGUGGUCCUCCUGCGUAGUUGUAAAUGACACGAAUUUGCUUU